GGGAGAAGGUUAGUUCUUUAGUCGUGACGUCGGUAGCUAAGUGAGUGUUGUUCUGUUGCCAGAAACCGAGAAGCAGUGAGCGAGGGAAUCGCGGAAUAAGAUCGGGCAACUAACUACAGAAAACGUCGUGGACAUCAAUCGUCAUAUCGAUUUCUUGGAGUCAUGACCACCAGAAGAGGGUAAACAGGAGCAACAUUUCAGAUAACUCGAGCGGCUGAAGCGCAGCUAGCUCGUAGGUCCCUUCGAAGUUUUGGGCAGACCAAGUUAACUGUGGCUUGGCUACCGACAUCACCACUUCGGCAGUUCUCUAACUGAAACACAGCCCAGCACUUGGAGAGACAAAGAACAUGGUGUCCUGGAUCAUUUCAAGAAGCGUCGUGCUCCUGUUUGGGACGCUGUAUCCUGCAUACUACUCCUAUAAAGCUGUCAAGACAAAAAAUGUCAAGGAAUAUGUCCGAUGGAUGAUGUACUGGAUUGUUUUUGCCCUCUACACUGUGGUGGAGACCAUCACUGACCUAACACUGGCAUGGUUUCCUUUGUACUAUGAACUGAAGGUAGCAUUUGUAAUCUGGCUCCUAUCCCCUUACACCAGAGGAGCAAGUCUCAUUUACAGGAAAUGUCUGCACCCACUGCUGUCUUCCAGAGAGAGGGAAAUAGACGAGUACAUUGUGCAGGCCAAGGAACGAAGUUACGAGACCAUGGUGAACUUCGGCAAGCAGGGCCUCAGCAUUGCAGCCACUGCUGCUGUCACCGCAGCUGUCAAGGGUCAGGGCGCCAUCACAGAAAAGCUGCGAAGCUUGAGCAUGCAUGACCUCACACAGAUCAAUCAGCAAGACGCGCGAGGAGAAAACCAGCUGUAUCGCUACAGCUCCCAUGGUGCCAAUCCGUCCGUCAGACGAACUCAGAGUGUUGAUGUACCUGAUGGAGCAGAAUACUUUUACGACCAGGACGACAGGAGCGAUGACGAGACCGAGCCAACUCUCUCCGAAGACGAGGCCGUGUCUCAGAAAGGACUGCGACGAUCGCAGAGCGUCAAGCUGACACGGUCCCGAGUACGUAAAGAUGCUCGAUAUGGAUCGCUGAAAAUUAAAGGGAAGAAGAGACCAACGCUGAGCUCCAUUAAUUAUGGAGUGUGAAGAGACUUCUUCUGACACACACACACACACGGAUACACUGCUGCGUAGUUUAAGAUCGUCUGUCUGAAAUCUGACUGUUGAAUAGUCUUCUAUACAGUAUAUAUAUAUAUAUAUUAUUUUUUUUUUUUUUUUGUGGAUAUGAAAAGUUGUCACAACCUUAUUCAAAUGGCAGGUUUUGGAUAUUGACCCUUUCAUGCACCCCGAAACCUGAUAACAUGAUCAGCUGUCCACUGAAGUGACGACUGUCCUUGAAAGGGUUAAAAAAAAUUAGACCAUGAUAAACUUUUUCCAUCAUAAACGUGGCCUGUUGAAAAAAGAAAAAAUUCGAGGGGGAGUAAAAAGAAACAUCUGAGGUAAUGUGGGAGCCCAAAUGUGCACAAACCGGAGAUGUGGCUGUGUACAGAAUAAACAAAUCACAUUGUAUCUCAGGUUUGAAUUGGCGUCCUGCCACUAUUGUCUUUAAUUUUUACUUUCCCUCUGGAAAAUGUUUUUUUUUCUUCAAUUGAGUAGUACAGGGAAAACUGAGAUAUGAUUUAUCUCCUGUCAUUUUUGUUGACAUCACACAAACCUGGCAUUUGAACAGUCGUGCGUAGACUUUUGACAUCCACUCUCUAUACGUGUGUGUAUUUUAGUUCCAUCUGUCUGACUUGAGUUUAUUUCAUAUUAGGAGUUUUUUUUUUCCACAAAUGAUCGCUUUACAGACUCACCAGGAACAUUUUAUCCCUGCCAAAGUUCCACAAAUCCCCUUUUCCCCCCUCAUCUUAAAUUGACCAAGUCCACAUUUUUUAAUAAUUUGUUGUUCAGCAGACGACACCAACGCUAACUUAACCGCACAUUUUUUUUUACUUAAAGUGGCCUUUUAUUGUGGUCCAACUGAGGCACUCCUGUGCAAUAAUCUUCGACUUUUCACAGCUCAUGAAAAAAUGGGAGCAAAAAGUAAAGCGUUGCAUUCAUAUUUUAAAUAAUUGACCUUUUAAUGGGGUAUGUAUGAAAUUGUUCUUGUCCUUUAUAUUUGUCUUUGUAACAUUUGGAUUAGAAGGGCUUUUAUAUUAUUCAUAGUUGUUUUUGGAUACGCAGCUCAUCCCAAAGCUUUUUUUUUUUUUUUUUUUAAACUGCUGUUUUGUUGCUUGUCAUCUCAAUUUUUAACGUAGUGUAGUUGCAAGUACAACACAGCACAAAAAAAAAAAAAAACAUGUUUUAGCCUUGAUAACAUCAAUGUAUUCACACACUAUUUAAACUAACAGCCUGGUGACAUCGAAAGUGAGCCACGCUCGUCUCCGUGCUGACUCAAUGGAAAUGGCUAAGCUGGUAGAAUUUCAUUUCAUUUCCAAAAUGGAGGCGGCGUGUCGAAGGUUGAUGACAGUGCUUCUUUUUAUUGCGCUCAGUGCUUAAGAUUGAUCAUGAUUAUUAUCUCAAUGCUGUAGAUUGAAUUUUCUUGAUCGGUCGAGCACAAAGAACAUGUUCAUUAUGACUUUUUAGUGUAUUUAGAAAUACAAUUGGUCUCGAGCAUCAUCAGACAAAUUCUACUUUCGCAAAAAUUUGUGAAUACAUGCUUGGAGACGAAAAAAAAAAAACGACCAUCAAGAGGCUUGCUUACCUAUGAUGUACACAUGUUAGGGAGACUGUUGACAGCACUUUGGCAAAGCUGCCCAUGCAGAGAUGUUGGUUGACCCGCAUGGACGGCCGUGAUUUACAGCACGCUAAUAGUCUGUUACAGCUUUUGGCCUUUGAUGGGCUUGUCAAACGGGCCAAAUCGUGUCAUGUCAUCGUGUCCACGCAAAUGCACACAACCGACUAAUUAUAUACCAAAGCUUUGUGUACUUAAGAGUAACGCGGCUCAGGUUUUUGGGGAACUGUUUUAUGGAUUACUGGAUCGUAAUGUAAUAAAAUGAUGCCAGUUUUCUGUGGGCGGCA